CACAAAAGCCUAACCCGUCGCGAGAUGAGAGGACACCGGAAGGCCAUGUGCCGGCAUCUUCCCCGCCGCCCGAUCCGGGUCGUCCGUUUGUCGAGGGGACAUGGACGACUAUGCAGCCCGAGCUCCAGACCAACACACGGCGGCCGACACAUGACACGGGCGCAACAGUAUUGACUGCUGUUCGUCUCAUCCCUGACGCAGUGACCAUGAUCACCUAUGACCUAGCCGAGCUCCGUGCCUCCGUCCCUCCAUCUCCCUUUUGCAUUCCGCCCCCAGAUUCCCGAAUCCUCCGGCUCGCCCCCUCUCCGAGACUCCGACUGCCUCCCCUGAAGCUAGCUAGCCUCCUAGCCCCUGGUCUGGUCCUCCCGCUGUGCCUGUGAGGCGCUGCUCUACCAAGGAGGCCGCUGGCUGCUCCGCUGCGCUGCAGUGAGGCUGCAAAAGCUGGCGGCUUCUUCUCACUGGGCGUCGCCAUAAACAGUGGAGAUUCCCAUCCCCAUUUUCCCAAUUAUGGAUAGCCAGCGGCAACCGGGGGAGCACCGCUGAGGCCGCUCGCCCGCCAUCCCGCCCGCCAUUGCUCCCGUCGAGCAUUCUUUCAGGUUUCGGGGAAAUUCCAUGGGAUGAGCAUUGCUCGUCGCCGCACAGCACUCCAGAGUCCAGACUUAUUAGCUACAAACAGGCGGUUGAUUUUUGGCUACUCCAUACCAACUCCCGCUGGCGUUUUUUUUUUUGGGGCCUUUUGUUCCUGCUUUUCUCUUUCAAGAAAGGUCACAGAUUAUCCUACAUAUUGUAGCUCCGCAACCUGUUCAGCAAAAUGAGGCCUUCAGAUGACAGGGCACAGCUUUCAGGCUUUGCACAAUCAGAUGAAUCGACACUUGAUGUGGAGGGGCAUUGCUGCCAUCAGCCGUCAUUCCCUUGUUCGCCGUCAAUGCAACCGAUUGUUUCUGGGUGCACACACACAGAGAACAGCGCGGCAUACUUCUUAUGGCCAACAUCAAACCUACAGCACUGUGCAGCCGAGGGGCGUGCAAACUACUUUGCCAACCUUUCAAAGGGACUUCUGCCAAAGAUUGGCCGUCGGCUGCCCAAGGGCCAGCAAGCAAACAGCUUGCUUGACUUGAUGACUAUAAGGGCUUUCCAUAGCAAGGUACUGCGUUGCUUUGGCCUUGGAACGGCAGUGGGCUUCCGCAUCAGGAAAGGGGUUCUAACCGAUAUCCCUGCAAUUCUUUGCUUCGUUGCUCGCAAAGUUCACAAGAAGUGGCUUGAUCCGGCCCAUUGCCUUCCUGCCAUUCUUGCGGGUCCAGGAGGUAUUUGGUGUGAUGUUGAUGUUGUUGAGUUUUCGUACUACGGUGCUCCAGCUCAAACUCCAAAAGUGCAAAUAUUCACAGAGCUCGUGGAUAAGUUGUGUGGCAGUGAUGAAUGUAUUGGCUCCGGCUCUCAGGUUGCAAGUCAGGACACUUUUGGAACUUUGGGCGCCAUUGUAAAACGGAGAACUGGCAACAAGCUGGUAGGUUUCGUCACCAACCGACAUGUUGCUGUUGACUUGGACUACCCAAACCAGAAGAUGUAUCACCCAUUGCCACCCAACCUUGGGCCUGGUGUUUAUCUUGGAGCUGUCGAAAGGGCAACAUCUUUUAUCACGGAUGAUGUUUGGUAUGGAAUCUAUGCUGGAACAAACCCAGAGACAUUUGUACGUGCUGAUGGGGCAUUCAUCCCAUUUGCUCAUGACUUUGACAUCUCCACAGUCACAACUACAGUUAGGGGUGUUGGUGAUAUUGGGGAUGUUAAGGUUAUAGAUCUGCAGUGUCCACUUAAUAGAUUAAUAGGGAGGCGAGUAUGCAAAAUCGGCAGAAGUUCUGGCCACACGACUGGAACUGUGAUGGCUUAUGCCCUUGAGUACAACGACGAGAAAGGAAUAAGCUUUUUCACUGACCUCCUUGUCGUCGGUGAGAACCGCCAAACAUUUGAUCUAGAAGGUGACAGUGGAAGCCUCAUUAUCCUGACUGGCCAGGACAGCGAGAAGCCGCGUCCCAUCGGGAUAAUAUGGGGUGGCACAGCAAACCGUGGGAGGCUAAAGCUUAGGUGUGACCAUGGCCCUCAAAAUUGGACCAGUGGAGUUGAUCUUGGCCGCCUUCUGGAUCGUCUUGAACUUGAUCUUAUCAUAACCAGCGAAUCACUCAAAGAUGCCGUGCAGCAGCAAAGGCGCGCGUUGGCGGCUGCAGCUAAUUCUGCUGCUGGGGAGUCGUCGACAGCAGCAGCUCCCGUCCUAGAAGAGAAAGUGGAGGAGAUCUUCGAGCCUCUGGGGAUCAAGAUUGAGCAGCUGCGUCGGCACGACGUUUCGGCCUCUGAAGCGGAGGAGGCAGCUGGGAUCAAUGUGGAAGAGCGCCAGUUCAUCUCAAACUUUGUGGGCAGGUCCCCUGUGCGUGAUGACCAGGGUGCUCCAAGGCAAAUUGCGAACCUGAACAAUCCGUCAGAGGAAGAGCUCGCCAUGUUGCUGCACCUAGGCGACCAGUAGCCCAAGCGGCUUCGCAGACAGAAUCCGACCUCGACGGGAAACGGCGAAGCGCUCAUUUCAGUGUCUCUACAUCGAAGAGUCGCAAGUAGUCCGAAGAAGGUCACCUGGAGUUCAGCAAACUGAACCUGCAUCAGUAGCUUAGACCAGCAGCUUCCUGGCACAAACAUUAUAAUGAACUAUGCUGAAACUUGAUUCAGCACUUACAUGAUUUGGGUGGUAUUCCCUUCAGUUUUGCUGUGCUCGUGAAGACUUUAAUAUGUACAAUGCUGAGUCCCUGUAUCAAAACAAUGCAGGUAGUGAUAAAAUCGUAUUGAUCACCUUCUCUUUUCUACCA